ACUCAUACGAGUAAUAUAUCUGUUUUAUAAACUUCCUAUCAAAUAGUAAAAACUCUUAAUUUCUUUCCAUUAACUCGCAACAUAGCUCAAUAUUUGGUAAAAGUUAAUUAUCCAAAACACAAAAUUGUUGCAAAAAGAAAGUACUCCGUAGUCCGUAUGGCUUUUACUUGGCAGUUCCAGUUGACAACUUGUCAUGAGUUAAAAAUUCCAAACACAAAAUAAAUUUGAAGUCCGUUCGGAUAACCCAAAGUUACAGCCCAAAGAAAAUAGGAAAAGCCCAAUUCGUUUCCUUUUUUAGGGUUUAUCUAAUAUUUUGUUUAAGUAUAAGCCCAAGGACACAUACGUUUCGCACGCUCCCAUUCUCCUCUCUCUCUGUCUCCUCGAUCCAGAUCCUGAACCAACUUAGGGUUUUUGCGUUUCCGGAACCAGAUUUCAACAAUCUAAACAAUGGCGGACGACGAUUACAACGAUUUGGACAUGGGGUACGAGGAGGAGCCCCCAGAGCCUGAAAUUGAGGAAGGAGAGGAAGGAGAGGAAGUACAGCCAGAUGAUGAAUUGAAUGAUCCGGUUAUAGAAGGUGAAGAUAGAGAAGCGGAGGCAAAAGAGAAGCUGCAAAGGAAGACAUCUAAAUACAUGACAAAGUAUGAGCGGGCUAGAAUUCUAGGCACACGUGCUCUGCAGAUCAGUAUGAAUGCUCCAGUGAUGGUUGAGUUGGAAGGUGAAACAGAUCCACUUGAGAUUGCUAUGAAGGAGCUUCGACAGCGCAAGAUACCAUUCACCAUCCGUCGUUACUUGCCUGAUGGAAGUUAUGAAGAUUGGGGAGUGGAUGAACUGAUUGUUGAAGAUUCUUGGAAGAGGCAGGUGGGAGGUGACUGAUAAUACCAGUGUUACAUCUGAAGUCAUUGCUGUGUGGGUUACUUCAGUUCUAGAUUGCAGGACUUUUGUUUGUCUAACAUACUCGGCCUCGUAAUAUGUGGAUAUAUGAUUUUGAUACUAAACGUAUACUUCUCUACUGUAUUGUCUCCGGAUUAUGUGCGUUUGUGAAUAUUCUGUUAACUAUGAUCAAUGUAGUACUUCUUCGCUGUGUA